AAGAAGCGUAAAGAAAAAUGGAAGAAAUAAGAGGGAAGAGAAUGGAACAAAACAAGAAGAAAGAGGAGGUGUUCAGAAAAAUGAUAAGAAGAAGGGAACAAAGGGUUAGGAGGAGAGGGGCAGCACAAAGAUGAGGGAAAGAAGAGAAAUUAGAAGCGUGAAAGAAAGAAGAGAGGGGAACCAGAGAGCAAAUGGGGAGGAGGAGAAGGAUAGCGCAGAAAAGGGCGACUGUAAUAGUGAAGUGCACACAGUUGGUUUUAGUAGAAAUGGAAUCAGGGCUCGUUUAGGUGGGAUUGUCUUUAAACAAAAAGAAGGAAAAGGGGCAUUAAAAGAGAAAUUUGGUGAUUUAAAAGGGGACAAGCCUGGUUUUCUUUUUCUCCUACCCAAUUCUGCGUGUUUUUCCCCAACCCUCACUAGAAUUUUUCCUCCCCAAGCCCUUGCCUUGCGCAAGCACCUUCUUGCCGGAAUAAUAGAUAAGAACUUAGUUUUUCUUCCUUCUCUUAGCAAGGGUUAAAGAUAAAUGAGUUUUUGGUUCCAAAAUGACACUCAAAAUUUUCAGAUCUAGCUGCUGCAACCUCCCAAUCUCUUGAUCUGUGUUGGAUUUGCUGUCCACAAUGAGAGAUCACCAUUUUCCAGCACCUUCUGGUGAGAAAUCAACCUUGUUGCUCAUCUUUUCAUCCUUGAUUUGAAGUGGGUUAGCUCUAAUCAUUUAGGGUUCUUUUAAUUUUGGAAAUUUUCUGUAGUUUUCCCCUUGAUUUUGUCCAUGAUAAAUACCAUCAGAAACUGAUUUCCUUUACUGCCAGAAAUUCAAACUGCAUGACCCUUCUGUUGUAAUUUACCCAUAACUCUUUAUGUAGACAUUGUUUUGAGUUUAUUCUUGAUUCUAUGGAAAGGUAAGAGAUAACCCUACAAUUUUUAUGUUGGACAUUUAACCCAAUUCAGCUGUUUUCAAGGUAAAAACUCUGCUGCAAUUUCGGACCUUGCAGGCGGACUGUACUGACACCAAGACCUUCCGUUAGUAUUUCGGCCAUAAGUCUCUCUAUACAUGUUGGAUUAAGGUAAUUCUUGAAGCUAUAGAACCCUAAGACACAGGGCUACAAUUUAUCUGUUGACCACUCAACCCAGAUCAGUGGGCGGGAAUUCUGUUGGAAAUUUCAGCAUGAAAUCUGACCAAAACUUCACAGAAAUUGCUCUGUUUUCUUUUUUAUCCCCACCUUAUCUACUGCCAUAUUACAUCAUGAUUUUACUAGAUUUUAGCUGUUGUUUUCAUUCUCUAAAACCCCCUGUUAUUGCUUUAUUGCUUUGUUUUGGUUGCCUUUUUGCUACUACAUUUUUGCUUGAAUGCUAUCCAGUUUUGCCUUGUUUCAACAUUAUUUUGCUACUGCUGUUUGCCCAUAAAUCCCUGCUGUUUUG